AAAAACAGUUAGGAAAAAAAAUAAAAAAUAAAAAAGGGAAGAGGAUGCCCAGCGAAGGAGGGGCCGCAAAAAGCCAAGGUUGUCGGAAUUGUGUUUGAUUCUUCCUUCAGUUGAGUUGAGUGCAGUCGCAGCGAUUCUCUCUAUUUGAUCCGAGAAAACCGAAGAGAGAGAGAGAGAGAGAGAGAAAGAGAGAGAGAGAUCGGCGCUGAAAAUGGGUACGCUUCAAUCUUGGAGAAGAGCUUACGGUGCCAUCAAAGACUCAACGAAAGUGGGUCUUGCCCAUGUCAACAGCGAUUACGCGGAUUUGGAUGUUGCCAUAGUCAAAGCCACGAACCACGUCGAAUGUCCACCCAAAGAGAGACAUCUAAGAAAGAUUCUGUUUGCCACUUCUGCUGUUCGGCCCAGGGCUGAUGUUGCUUACUGCAUUCACGCCCUUUCUCGCCGCUUGGCCAAGACGCGCAAUUGGACCGUCGCAUUGAAAACCCUAAUAGUCAUCCAUAGGUUAUUGAGGGAGGGUGAUCCUACUUUCAGAGAAGAACUUCUCAAUUUCUCACAGAGAACACGGAUUCUCCAGCUUUCUAAUUUUAAGGAUGAUUCUAGCCCAAUAGCUUGGGAUUGCUCUGCAUGGGUACGAACUUAUGCAUUGUUUUUGGAAGAAAGACUUGAAUGUUUUCGGAUUUUGAAGUAUGAUAUUGAAGCGGAACGUCUACCCAAACCUGCCCCAGGGCAGGAGAAGGGCUACAGCAAGACCAGGGAUUUGGAUAGUGAGGAGUUAUUGGAGCAGUUGCCUGCUUUGCAACAGCUGCUAUAUCGACUUGUUGGUUGUCGGCCGGAAGGAGCAGCUGUUAGCAAUUAUGUGAUACAAUAUGCUCUGGCUCUGGUAUUGAAAGAGAGCUUUAAGAUUUAUUGUGCUAUUAAUGAUGGCAUUAUCAACCUUGUUGAUAAGUUUUUUGAGAUGCCCAGACAUGAAGCUAUUAAAGCCCUUGAAGCCUAUAAACGUGCGGGUCAGCAGGCAGCAAGUCUAUCUGAUUUCUAUGAAGUUUGCAAAGGUUUGGAACUUGCUAGGAAUUUUCAGUUUCCUGUCUUAAGAGAGCCUCCACAAUCUUUUCUAAACACCAUGGAAGAGUACAUUAAGGAGGCACCUCGAGUGGUUACAGUUCCAAGCGAGCCAUUGCUUCAGUUGACUUACAGACCAGAAGAAACUCUUGCAAUUGAAGACACGAAACCAUCUGUUGAAGAACAAGAGCCAUCAGUUCCUGUUGAUAAUGAUGUUGUUGCCGAAUCUGAACCUGCACCUCCUCCUCCUCCUCCUCCUACAUCUCACAACACCUUUGAAACCGGAGACUUACUGGGAUUGAGUGACACUGCACCUGAUGCAUCAUCCAUAGAGGAAAGAAAUGCUCUUGCCCUAGCCAUAGUACCCUCUGAAAAUGGCACUACAUCAGCUUUUAACUCAACUACCACUCAAACAAAAGAUUUUGAUCCAACCGGAUGGGAGCUUGCUCUGGUCAGCACUCCAAGUACUGAUAUUUCUUCAGUCAAUGAGAGACAAUUGGCUGGUGGAUUGGACUCCCUCACUCUUAACAGCUUAUAUGAUGAAGCAGCAUAUAGAGCUGCACAACAACCAGUAUAUGGAGCACCAGCCCCAAAUCCAUUUGAAGUGCAGGAUCCAUUUGCUUUAUCAAACAGCGUCCCUCCCCCACCAGCUGUCCAAAUGGCAGCAAUGCAACAGCAAGCAAAUCCAUUUGGUCCUUUCCAACCAUUUGAACCACAGCAGCAGCAGCAGCACAUGUUGAUGAACCCGGCAAAUCCCUUUGGGGAUGCAGGAUAUGGAGCAUUUCCCGGCAAUCCCGCUUCUCACCCACAGAACAAUCCAUUUGGAAGCACAGGCUUGUUGUGAGAAUGGCUCUCUUUUUGGAGAUAUAGAAUGUAUUUAAUCAAUCAAGUUGGUUUUGAGUUGCAACAUGAGUUCUUCAUUUGUUGCUAGAUAGAUGUUUUCUGGAAUGGAAUGUGUGCCUUGUAAAAUCGAGACAACAACACACACACAUACACAAUGAAUUUAUCAUUUUCUGUUAUACAUGAUGGGGGGAAUGUGGGAUCGCUUUCUUUGGAUAUUUCUCCACUCAAAUACUUGGAACACUUACACAUGUUCUUGUACCCUGUAUUGUGUGGUUGUAUAGAUAGUGUGUGUCGCACUGUUUACCGCUGCAUUGGAAGUUUCUAGUUUAUAAUUUUUUGGGGAGGGUAAAAUAAAAUUUGAUGGAGCGGCCUGGGGUUCUUGAUGUUUGGUCAUGUCUAAGCAAUGUCAUUGAUUUAGAUUUUGUUUAACAUUUGAGCACAAAAUGUAUAUGUUUGAUUUGAUAUUUGCCCCCUCCAUCGAUUAAGAAUUGUACUUUAAUAUAUAAGGUGCAACAUUAAUAUAAUGGUAAUUUUUUAUCAUGUAAUAUAUAACGGUUUGAAGUUAUGCUGAAUGCAUGUCUUUGGGUAAUGAGCUAUAUAUUAGAAAAUUUGCUUUGCAUUUGU